CUUACCAGGUGGUGGCGGAGGUUACACAGCACGUCGUUUGAAUGUUCGCAAGCGCGUAGGGACAGAGCUCGCUGUAGGAGCGAAACCAAGGCGAAUACAUCCAGUUAAAGUAAAGAUACGUGCUUUAUUCAACACUAACAAGACAUAACACUUCAUUUUGAGGUCAAAUUAUCCUAUAGCCCGUGGUUUGAGUCAGGGAGCAUAGACAUUGUGACGGGGAUUAUAGAAUUCUUGAUGUCACGCAAUCUAUCAAAAAGAUCUUGCGAAAAAAUCUGCUUAAACAUCCAUAAACACGGAAUUUAUCCCUGGAGGUUUAUCUUAAAAUUCCUUUACACUACAAUUCCCCGCACCUGAUGAGUGAGCUACCGUACACCAAGGAUGGGCCUCGUGCUUGGUGUGUUUGCAUGGCUGUCACAUUCAUCAAUGUCAUCCUUUGGGGCUCAACAUAUACAUAUGGUGUGAUCUUCCCUGUUCUUCUUGACGAGUUUCAGGAGGGAAAAGCCAAAACAGCAUGGGUGGGGUCACUUGCGCUCUCCCUUAUCAUGUUCUUCUCGCCGACAGCAGCCAAGCUCAGCGCAAGAUUAGGGCCCAGGCCUGUCUCUGUAAUAGGGGCCCUGAUCGCCGCAUUGGGUCUUUUUUCCACUUCACAAGUGAACUCCAUUGAGCUUAUGUACCUUACGUACAGUGUCCUGUUUGGAACAGGAGCAUCGUGUGUGUUGAUCGCAGGAGUUGACAUCUACCCGCAAUACUUCGACAAACACUUCUCGCUCGCCGUUGGUAUCGUGCAGGCCGGUAUAGGAGCCUCAUUCAUGAUGAGUCCUCUACUCGAUUUUCUACUAACCUCGUUUGGCUGGAGGAAGACGUUUCUAGCGAUGGGUGGAAUCUCACUAAUCGCCGGCAUUAUACCAGCUGUUUUCUUUAUUCCAAACGUUCUUCAAAAAACAGAGAAUGCAUUACAUCCAAGUGAAACAGAGGUUGUACCAAGUCAAGACUUGCAAUCGGUGUGGAAAAACAAAGCGCUGGUCGUGUACAGCAUGACGAUUUUCGUAAUGGAGUUUGGUAACCAAAUAGGCAUGGUUCACAUGGGCCGGUAUAUCCAAGAGAGAGGACAGGGUUCUGACCAAGCCGCGUUUUUGUAUCUAGCGUAUGGUAUCGCCACCACUAUAGGCCGACUUGUUGCAGGCAAGAUCUUAGACGUGCCUUUUUUAAAUCCUGUCUAUGUAUUCGCGGUGUUUGCCACGCUUGUGGGUGCGACCACAAGUGCGUGUACACUGGGUAGAGGGUUCGCUUGGUUUAUGUCAUAUUUCGUCAUCAAUGGCUUUUCUAACGGCUGUGCUGUGGGCACCAUCGUUCUCCUGACGAUGACAAGUGUAGAGCCGUCCCAGACCGCGGAGGGAAUGGGGAUGUGGUUAAUGGUUGAUGCCUUUGCCUUCGCCUCUGGACCCGCGUUUGGAGGAUAUCUAGCUGAUUUGUUGGGCUCCUAUGUGGUUGUGUUCUACAUGGCUGGAGGAAUCACAAUCACGAGUGCCUUUGUCAUGCUUAUGGUCAAGUGCUUUGGGCUGGAGAAACAACGUAUGGUGACAAACACUCAACGCCGGCAGAUAGUAGAACUUAUGAUAACGUACGAGAAAGAAACUGUAGUGUAAAUAGGCGGACAAAUCUAUUUUAUUUGUAUGACAAAGGACCCAGCAGACGCCGUGCGUGGCCUCUGUCCUAUUUCGAAUUCUUGGACAAUCAAAUCCUGCACAUAGUUUUAGUACUCGCAUGCGUAACCUCCAUAUCUCAUGAACGUGGAAAAUUGAAACUAAAGAGCAAUAGAAUAAAGGUCAACGUAACAAGAGUGUAGAGAAAGUAGAUGAGUGGCCUAAGGCACAAGUUGUGGCACCGUAUAUUCCACCGUUGACCGGUGUCGUGUCUGUAGGUAUAGGUAUGAAAUUUA